CAGACCGCGGCUCCUCGCUGUCUCGUCGUCUGGAGGUUGUUCGCAUUUUCUUAAAGCUAGAAUUUUCUGGUGAAAGCAACAUUUUGCAGUCAUGACUAGCAGGAAGUUUUUCGUCGGUGGCAACUGGAAACUGAACGGCGAUAAAAAGAGCAUCGAAGAGCUCGCCAAUACAUUGAAUAACGCCAAACUCAACCCAGACACCGAGGUUGUGUGUGGCGCUCCAUCCAUCUACCUCGACUAUGCCAGGUCCAAGCUGAAUCCUAACAUUGAUGUGGCUGCACAGAACUGCUACAAGGUUGCAAAGGGAGCCUUCACUGGAGAGAUCAGCCCUGCGAUGAUUAAGGACUGUGGAAUAAAAUGGGUUAUUCUGGGACACUCUGAGAGACGCCAUGUGUUUGGAGAGAGUGAUGAGGUAACUCUGUGCUUUAACGCGUUAUGGUCAAAAUGUCACUGUUUGUGGUCCACCAUUUCAGGAUCUGUCACUGGAGGGACCUGCAAGGAACUUGCUUCUCAGAAAGACGUGGACGGCUUCCUGGUGGGCGGCGCUUCCUUGAAACCAGAGUUUAUCGAGAUUAUUAAUGCAAAAGCCUAAAGAGAUGAAGCCAUCAUCUACCUAAACCCUAAGGCUUAGGUCUGCUCCCAAAUCCUGCUCUUCUUUAGAAAGUGUUAUUGUGGUUUUGUUUCAUUUUUGUAUUAUUAUAAAGGGACAGAUAAGACACAUACUGAACACUCAAAGGUUUUAUUCCACUGAAACGCGUGCAACCGAGUGUUAUUAGCCCUCCUACUAGUGUAGUGAACUACAGGACUGUAAUGAGAACCAUCAUGGGGCUUAGAGCCCAUGCCUUUACUUGAAUAAUGUUUACCAACAUUCUUGUGUACAGUGUCAAAAAUCUAGGAUAAAGUCAAUCAACCUUGGAGUCUUUUGAAUUCAAGUGAAACUUUCCAUGAAUGAUGUUUUCCUGUCCCUCAAAGAGUUUCUCUGAGGGGUCUAUCCUGAAGGUGCUCGUAUGUAAUAGCCAAUGCCAUUUGGUAUAAAGGGUAAGACAGAAAUAUUCUAAUAAAUGUUUCAGAAGUGUAGACCUA